UAUAAAAUUGAAGGGAAAGUUUCUCUACCUAAUGAACGCCAACUAGAAUGGACAACGCGUACAAAAAUAUUAGUUGAUGGAACCAAAUUGAUCGGCUUCCUGCAAUACGAUGGCUCUUUCACCGUUCAUAAUGUUCCUGCUGGUUCACAUAUUGUUCAUGUGGCAUCACCCAAUUACUAUUUCGAGCCAGUAAGAGUUGAUAUUAGUCGUAGUAAAGGCAAAAUUAGAGCUCGAAAAGUCAACUAUUUACAACCAUCGCAAGUAUCAAUCCUUCCUUAUCCUCUAAAAUUACGUGCUAAAGAGCCGAUGCAAUUCUUCGAGCAACGCCAAUCAUGGAAAAUGGCCGAUAUAUUAUAUAAUCCUAUGGUCAUUAUGAUGGUCUUGCCUUUAUUACUUGUUGUUGUCUUACCCAAAUUACUAUCAACCAAUGAUCCAGAAGUACAGAAAGAACUUCAAAACAUGAAUGUCUUACAACAAUCGAAAGACCUACCAGAGAUGUCCACAUUUUUUCAAUGGAUGUUUCCCGAAGGGAAAAAAGGCAAA